CGACUUCACAAUUAGAUCUAAAUAGAACCGUUCAAGAGAUACAUAACAUUUCAGACAAACUCGCUUCUUUUCAUAAAGUUCUCAAUCAUGUGAAUUCUUAUAUUAAUUGGUCAAAUCCUGUACAAACACGAAAGGUGUUAUUUGGUUUAGCUUAUUCAUAUCCUGUAUGGAUUUUAUUCAACUAUUUUGUAUCGUUAUCAUGGAUAUUCAUAAUUGUUGGUACAUGUUUCUUUGUAUGGAAUAGUCCAUGGUCCAAAGUUAUUCGAUAUACCCUUAUGCAAUCUCAAUUAUUCAGUGGAUUUGUAAACUUUGUACUUGGUUUUCUAUGUAGUGGAGGUUUGCAACAAGAAGGUAAAGGGUUUUCCGUUGGUACUAGAGAUUUGUCCGGUAUGUUUCGUAAAGUAAGAGAACAACAGAAAAAAUUUCCUUUAAGAAGUAUAUCUUCAAAGGAAGAUACAAAAACGACAUCUGUAGAUUUAAUCUAUCGGUUUGUUAUAUGUGAAAAUCAACGUUGGUGGCUUGGGUUAGAUUGGACAACAAAUUUAUUUCCUAACGAAAGACCUCCUUGGUCAGAUGAAUAUAAUGAACCAAUUAGUGAUAAAGAUACGUUUGAACUUCCUCAGCGUAAGGUAACGGAAACGAAAUCACCAGAAAAUCCUAAUAUACUCAUUCGAAAGACAAUAGAAUGGGAAUGGGUUGAUCCAAAUUGGUGGAUUGAUACUGAGGGUGCUGUUGAUAAAGAGGGUUGGGGAUAUUUCGAUAAUCGAUGGAAUAAUCCAUCUUCUAAAAGUGGAUUCAGAAGAUAUACUCGUAGGAGAAAAUGGAUCAGGACUGCUAAAAUGAUAGAAACGAUUCAAAACAUUGAGGAUCCUUCUAAUUCAACACCUACAUCUGAUGAAAAAGUCGAUCAGAUUGAAAAUACCGAUGAUUCAUGUAUUAAUGACAAAUCAUCAUUGAACGACCACAAAGUCGAGGAUUCAAGCACGCAUAUAGAACAUCCUGACGAAAGCUUGUCAGUAAAAGAAGCUUCAUCUUAA